CUGCUCCCGCCCCUCCGGGCGGGCACCGUGUCUCGGGGCGGCACCGCCCGCAGCUCCACCGGCCCGGGCCCGCACCCGACCCCGCCCGGCCGCUCGGCCGGCCCCUCCUUCGAGGAGCUCGCUGCCGUGUACGGGGCUCGGAAGAUGGAGGACUACGGGCGGUUCUUGGCGUUACUGAUCUCGGCUCUGCUGGUCGGCUUCGUGUCCGUCAUCUUCUCCCUAGUUUGGGUCUUCCACUACCGCGAAGGGCUGAGCUGGGACGGCAGCGUGAGGGAGUUCAACUGGCACCCCGUCCUCAUCAUCACGGGCUUCGUCUUCAUCCAGGGCAUCGCUAUUAUUGUGUACAGGUUGCCCUGGACCUGGAAGUGCAGCAAAGUCCUAAUGAAGUUCAUACAUGCUGGAUUAAAUACCAUAGCUAUGAUUCUCGCAAUUGUUUCUAUGGUAGCCGUGUUUGAAUACCACAAUGCCGGUAACAUUCCUAACAUGUACAGUCUGCACAGCUGGAUCGGGCUGACUGCUGUUAUAUUUUAUUCUGUCCAGCUUUUCUUAGGUUUUGCUGUCUUUCUGCUCCCUUUUGCUCCAGUUUCCCUCCGAACAGCAGUUAUGCCAAUACAUGUUUAUUCGGGUCUUACCAUCUUUGCAACGGUGAUUGCAACAGCUCUCAUGGGAAUCACAGAAAAGCUUAUAUUUUCCUUGCGCAGUAAUCCUGCAUACAGUGAAUCCCCACCAGAGGCAACUUUGGUCAAUUGUCUUGGUGUUUUGCUUGUCAUAUUUGGUAUAUUUAUUCUGUGGAUGGCAAGCAGGCCCUAUUGGAAGCGCCCUCCAGAGGAGAAUGCUAAAGCUCUGCUGACUACUGGAGGGACUCCUGAAGGCACAGAAGAAGAAUCCACGAUGACAGAUGGUGGCACUGCAGAUAAAUCUGAUCUGAGGAUCAACAGUGAAGCAGCCAGAAAACAAAACCUCAAACUUGAUGAAGCAGGACAACGAUCAACUAUGUAAAGACAAUACACAGAAUAACAGUAUGGUUAUACUGCCAGCCCGCCUCUCCCUCACCACUGUUCCUUAUGAUUUAGUUAUGUUGAUAUAUAAAUAGGUUGGGGUUUUAUUUGCUGUACAGCUUGCUCAAAGAUAGUAAAGUUUUCUGCAUAUGAUUUAAAUUCCAGUAAGUCUCAAACAUAUUAUAUAGGCUCAUGCUCAGUCCUCAUUUAAAAAAAGCGAGUGUGAAUGCUAUAACGGGAGAAUCACAUAACUGGAAAAUGUUCUCCAUAUUAACAAGAUUGAGGCUAAAUUUUGUUCUGAGUUAUUUUGUAGGUUAUGUAUAAGAGUCAUGAAGUAUAUCCGACAGCAGAAUUUAGUUGCUCACAUAUAAUUUUUCUGGUAAUUUCAUGCUUUGAAAGCCCUGAUUUCUUGAGUUGAUUAACCCCCUUCACCAACUUCUAAGAUUUAAGGUAAUUAAUCACAUAGCAGAGUGGCACCAUAAAAAUGUUUUGUCUUAUUUGAAAAGAUACAGAUACACACUUAGAAAAAUAUGUAUCACUUAAACCAGGUCUUCCUUUUAUCUCAGAUGGCAGCAUUUUCCUAUAUUUGCACAGUUCUCUUGAUUUAUGGCACUAGACUAGAAAUUAGGAACAGAGAAGAAAGCAGAGAAGACUGCUAGCAGUCUCACAGAACAAAGGAUCUUGAAGUGAGAAAUGGUUCUUAUAGGAAAGUGCUGAGCUUUGCUGAUUUGAUUAAAAUGCUACCUGUUAACUAAAAGCCAAUUUUUGUAUCUCCACACUGGUGUCAAAAUCAUCACUGUUAUGGGCAUGAAGACAUACUUUAGUCUACAAGCAAACUAUACAAACUCUUAUGACUUUUUAAUUUGAAAUUAAAUAGUUAAAUAAUGCAAUUUGAGCCUCUACUGGCACUUUAUAGCUCUUCCUAGUAAUCGGAGUAUUACUGUAUUACAUUCAUUCAUUAUUUUCACAGAUAUAAACAGUGUUUGUAUUUUUUAUUACUACAGCAGAAUAAUUAUAGUAGAUUAUUUUGAUUGCACAUGCCCAAAAGGAGGAGCCUAUUAUAAUCUCUUGUAAAAACUGUAGAGCCCACUUCAAGUCCAAAUUUACCAUUGCUCAUGUUGCAAUCUAGACAGUUUCAGACAGCAUAUAAUUUCCUAUUUU